AUGGAAUUUAAAGUGCAACACCAACUGCUUGCAAAUGUACCACUACACAGAGUGAGAGUGAUUCUUCCCUUAGGAAUGGACAACAUGGGCUCUGUCGUUGGGCGCACGCCCUUGCAGCGUAUGCGGUUCAAUAAUGUUGCCUUAAGGAAACUACCUGUAGAUACGUCGGGAGAACCCGAGUCGAGAACAGUUAGGGGAGCUUGCUUCUCCCGCGUUCAGCCGUAUCCGCUGGUUAACCCUAAGUUUGUUGCUCUCUCCAAUUCCGCUCUUACUUUGAUAGGUCUGAGUGCAGAUGAAGUUUUGCGUGACCCACAUGGAGCGGAAUAUUUAAGUGGUUCGAAGUUAAUACCCGGCUCUGAGCCUGCAGCACACUGUUACUGUGGACACCAGUUUGGCCAGUUUGCAGGACAACUUGGAGACGGUGCGGUAUGCUAUUUGGGUGAGGUGGAAAACCCCGAUGACCUACAGAUCAGUCAAGAGUUCAAAAGCCCCUGUGGUCGGUGGGAGAUUCAGUUGAAGGGUGCCGGUCGAACACCAUACUCCAGACAGUCAGAUGGCCGCAAGGUUCUGCGCUCGAGCAUUAGGGAGUUCUUGUGCAGUGAAGCCAUGUUUGCUCUCGGAAUUCCCACUACACGAGUUGGUUCCCUGGUCACCUCUGACGUCUAUGUCCAGCGAGACAUCUUCUACAGCGGCCACCCUCGUGCUGAGAGGUGUUCCGUGGUCCUGCGCAUUGCUCCCACAUUCAUCAGGUUUGGCUCCUUUGAGAUCUUUCAUCCAGUGGAUGAUUUUACGGGGAGGCAAGGCCCCAGCGCUGGCCGCCAUGACAUCAGAGCCCAGCUGCUUGAUUAUGUCAUCGAGUCGUUCUAUCCUGAGAUCCAGAGGAGCCACACAGACCGUAAGGAGAGGAUCGUAGCCUUCUUUCGAGAGGUGACUGUGAGGACAGCGAGACUGGUGGCUCUGUGGCAGACUGUGGGUUUCUGUCAUGGCGUUCUUAACACCGAUAACAUGAGCAUCCUCGGUCUUACUUUAGACUAUGGCCCUUUUGGCUUCAUGGACAGGUUUGAUCCUGAGUUUGUUUGCAAUGCCUCAGAUAAAAGAGGUAGAUAUUCAUAUGAGGCCCAGCCGUAUGUGUGUCGUUGGAACUUGGCUCGCCUGGCGGAUGCCCUUGGUUCAGAGCUCCAGGCAGCUUGUGCUGGGCCCAUCCUGGAUGAGUUCAUACCCAUGUAUGAGUCAUUCUACGUGGCUAAUAUGAGGAGGAAGCUGGGCCUGUUGAGGCGGGUGGAGCCAGAGGACCAGGAUCUGAUCUCAGACCUGCUGAAGACCAUGCACAAUACAGGAGCCGACUUCACAAACACAUUCCGCCUUCUGAGUCGGGUGCCUUGUCCCAUGGGGAAGCAGUCUGAGGAGGCAGACGCUGUUGGGUUGGUUGUGGAGCGUCUGCUCAAGCAGUGUGCCUCACUGGAGGAGCUCAAGGUGGCCAAUCAUCCCACAGUGGAGCCCCGUGAACUGGAGAUGAUUCUCUCUAUGGCUGAAACCAAUCCAGGCAUGUUCAACAUGGUAGCCAAUCGGCCAGAGGUUGCUAAGCAACUCGAGAAGAUUGGCAGGUUGAAGGAGCUACUGGACAUCAACCAAGAGGAUCUGAGCCUCAAACAGAAAGAUGACUGGCUAAGAUGGAUCAACCGGUACAGGAGACGACUAGCACUGGAAUGUGAGGGAUCUAGUGACCCACACCUGGUGGAGAAAGAGAGAGUAACCACAAUGGACAGCACCAACCCUGCCGUAGUCCUCCGCAACUAUAUUGCCCAGAAUGCAAUUGAAGCAGCAGAGAGUGGAGAUUUCUCCGAGGUUCAGAGAGUGUUAAAAGUUCUCGAGAGCCCGUACUCAGUGAAUCCAGGUCUGGAGCGACCUGGUUGGCUGGGGUGCAGGAAUGAGAGAGGGCAGACAGGACACAAAGAGGAGGAGAGUGAAGGACAGAGAAGGACGAUAUUGAAUGCACGUUGUCCUCCCUACACCAGCAAGCCACCUUCCUGGGCACGUGAAAUCUGUGUCACCUGA